AUGGAAUCUCCCAGGAAUGCAGCUCAUAACUGUUGGGCGCAUCGCAGGAAAGUGAUCAGCGACAUUGCUUCACUCGCAGCAACACAGAGCCGAAACCAUGCGGCACAAUCAUUAUACCAAAGCUUCAGCCAAUUGCUCUCCGACAAUGACUUCUACACACACCUGGGCCAGAUGCUGCCGGAUCCAAGCCGGUACAAAACACCUCCUCGCAAGAUGUUCCGGGAGGCCGAAUUUGAGCGCAUUGCGGAGCUGCUUAAACUACGAGGCAAACCCAAGUGGGCGCUUAGGCCACGGACGUACGUCGUGCUGUAUAUGACGGGGCUCGAAAGCGCAAUGGACUCAUUUGUCGCGGAAGAGCGAUCCGAUAUAUACUUGCCUUACCAGAAAGGCAACCUCCCGAACGGGCUGACUGGAUCUGAACGAGACUUGUUUCUAAGCUAUCAGAACAAUGUUCUGACAGGCCGCGGAGCCAUCCUCGAAAGAAAAGGAGGCGCACACCAGCAUUUCGAAGGCGGAAGUGCUGAUACUCUGUUCAUUUACAUUCGAACUCUCGGAACUGGCAUGGCAGGCUUCCAGACACAAGUUGAUCAUGUCGUUGGCAAACGUACUCUUAGUCACUUUGCGUUGAAAAAGAUCGGGCGAAACGCAUUCUCCAAAGACGACCAACGAAGCAUUGAUCUAUUUGCCAACGAGCUCGACAUCCUCAAACGCUUGACGCACCGCCACAUUGUCCAGCUGGUGGGCUCAUACACGGAUAGAGUCUGUGUCGGCCUGUUGAUGUCGCCUGUGGCCGAUAUGAACCUUGCCGCUUUCCUCAAGCAGCCGCUGGAUACCCUCGAUGACCGACGUGACCGCAAGAUCAAGAUUCGAUCAUUCUUCGGCUGUAUUGCCACUGCCAUAGAUUAUUUGCAUAACAACAAGGAGGGGAAGGUUCGCCACAAGGACAUCAAGCCUGAGAAUAUCUUAGUGAAAGACUACAAGGUGUACAUUGCAGACUUUGGCACCUCAUAUGCCUGGACCGGUGAUGUGUCGGGCAUGACCGAAGGCACGCAAAAGUUUUUCACGCUCAAAUACCUGGCUCCGGAAGCACAGUACUCACAAGCACGCGGCAAGCCAAGCGACAUCUGGUCACUUGGAUGUGUCUUCAUGGAAAUGUGCACUGUCCUCGCUGACCGGAAGUUCGAGGACAUCGCCACCUUCUUCAACAGUUCCGGCAAACGCCGAAAGCACUACUACCAAAAUCAGCAUGCUCUCAUGGAAUGGCUCAAACAGCUCAAAGACGUCUUCAUGGCCUCGGACAUUCCUCAUGAUGGGCGGAUCAUCGAACUGGUGGAGAUGAUGUGCCGACCAGAGCCCGACCGUCGACUCGAGGCACAAGAUCUUGUUCGUCGGAUAUAUGAGCUGGACGGUGGUCCGAACUAUCAGGGACUAUGCUGCUAUCGUGACCGAUGGAUACGCGGCUCUCACACCGAUCCGGGUCCACCGUCCUAUGCAGAGGCGAUUGGAUACGAUGAGGAGGUGACAAUCACGGCAGAGAACCUCAACUUUGUUGACGAGCCGGAAGAAGUGAUGCAUACGCCGUUGCCGGAGAACUACGAACCGCCAUCGGUAGAGGAGGAUCAGAUCACAUUGCAAGCCUAUGGCAAUGUGGCACCGCACGAAGCACGGAAUCUGCUCGAGAAUGUAACCGUGCCAUUGGACUUCAGCGAUAGCGAACCUCAAUCAGCGCAAUGCCCGGUCAAGGUACAAGUUGAGAAGCAGCUCGAGGAGCCUCGAGAACCCAAUGCGAGACAUCACGAGAGGCAUGAUACGGUAAUGUCCACUGGUAUCAUCGCUGCAGCAGAAGGAGAUACAGACUCGACGCAAUUGGUGUCCAGCGAGCCAUCCAUUGAUGCAAGAUCAAAUCCAGACCAUGUGGAGACAGCAAGACCACCAGUACUUCUCAGUGUCAACCCAGGCCCCCGUGGACCACAUGUUCAACUACCGAAGCACGAUCCAACGUCACUGCCGUGUCCCUGGCCACAGUGUGUCCCCCCGAAAGGUCUCGCAAUCCUUCUGUUCAAUAGCAUUGAGGCGCUGCGGGACCAUCUCCGAGAGAGCCAUCUUGUUCAUGACUUCGGUUGGACAAGGCUAUAUGAACCACAGCAACAAGAUCGUGGGAUAACGCACUCUUCUUCAGACCCACAGACCGGUGCAAUCAUACUAGCUCCCGGCCCCAGAAGAUUUGUCGAGCUGCCCGCAGACAGACGUCCAAAACCACAGAAUGAGGAGCAGAGCAAGCGUAAGGCGGUACGACCCCAAGGGAUCUCAUACGGCAUCAAUGCAGAACCGUUGAAUCAAGAGGCCGUGAACGAUGCGAUGCAUACUGUUUCUGGAGGUGGCACAGAUGGCAUACCACGAGCCAGUGUCGCUCCGUCGUAUCUAUUAGCAUCCAAAAAUCGCUUUACACGCUCCGAGAUCACCAGCUACGAGCAGAAACAUAGGAAGCCACUGUUCGUCUACGGCACUUUGAUGUUUCCGUCUGUGUUGACCAGCCGGAGCCGAGCCUUCAACACGAUAGAAGGAACAUACUCGUCUGAACAAGGCCGACGUCUUCGAACGAAUGCUGCUGACUGGGCCAACAUCAGUGAGCAUGUUCAGUUCGCUGCGGAAGCCAUGACGCCAGCUCGACUCGACGGCUACAUACGGUCCAGCAAUUCCCCUUCAUCUCGACUCGCUUGUCUUCGUCCAGCGCACGGCGACGAGUCUGCCAAAAGCACGAUCGGAUUUCUAGUUUAUGGGUUAUCUGACGAAGCUUCCGCGUGUCUGACGCAUCUGUACGAAAAGGGCGGACCACAGAGCCUAUUCCGGACUUCCAGAAGAGAAGAGAUGUGGCCGAAUACACAGCUAAAGCUGGGGGACGUAAGAGUUGCAAUCAAUGAUGCCGACGGCGAUGCUGUUUAUGUUGAAGCUGUCACCUUUAUGCUAAGCGGGAAGGUCUCCAAAACUGAGUCUAUGCCAUGGGAUGUCAGAGCUCAUCCUCCCUGGAACAUCGAUGAGUUCGUGCGAAGUCGAGCAUUCAAUCGUUUGACGAACGACAUGGAGGACGGCGAGUUGAUCAGCCAGGAGGGCACCAUCGCAUCGGCGAUUGGAACAAGCUUGCUGCUUCUUGGUGAUAAGCUGGUGGCCAAGGUCUUGCAAAACGAUGUCGAGGGGUUCGAGCAGCUGAUGGACGAGGGCUACGACGUUGACGCACCAUCUGCAGAAUACGGCACAGCACUACAAGCAGCUGCAGCAAACGGCAACGUUACCAUGGCUCGCACGCUCCUUCGCAAUGGAGCGAAUGCCAGCGCAAAAGGCGGCCAAUACAACGCACCCUUGAUCGCUGCCGUUGUUGAACACCAAGCCGGCAUGGUGAAGCUUCUACUCCGGGCUGACGCUGACGUCUUUGCUGCUGGAGGUCGCUACAUCAGUGCACUCUAUCAAGCUGUCGAUUUCGGCAAUUACGACAUGGUGUACAUGCUGCUGGAGAAGGGAGCAUGGCUGACGGAUGACUACAUGGAGGUAUUGGACUUGGCCACAGAGCGCGGCUAUACCGAAAUCCGCCGGCUUCUGGAGACUUACGACGCUCGCGGUCUACACCUCGGCCUGGGUAACAAACGAGAUCGACCGCGCAUUCAGCCCCAACAGGAGAGAUCACGUGGCUCACGUGAGAGCGUUCACAAGCGCAGCUCGACCGCCGUGUUAGUCAUGUUCGAGGCGAUGAAGCUGCAGGGACAAGAGGGCAAAUGGACCGGCAUCAAAGGCGUCAAGCUCGUGCAAAUUGCCCUUGAGAAUGGCUUCCACGAGAAUCUGCUUGCGUUGCUGCGACCUCAAAUCCACUCUUGGCCUUCGAUACAGAAAGCUCUCUCGUCGGGUGUCGGAGAAAUGACGGGUGGUAAAGUGAAGCCAGUCCAACACACCAAUCUGCUCGGCGCGGACGAGAAGGAACGCAGCCGGUCGAGGUCUCGAGAUGCACGCCACAAAUCACGAGGAAGAAGAGACAACGGCAGUCGUUAG